ACCUUUCACUCUUCCCCACUGCCCACCACUGUACUGUACCCCCACCAUUCCUGUCUCUUCUCUUCUUCACUCCACUCCACUCCACUCCACUCCUCUCCCCCAUUUGGCCACUAGCUUAAUCCCUCCUCCCCCAUUGGAAGGAAGGACAAGCUCGAGGAGCUCCUCCUCCAUGGAGCGACGUGGUAGCCUGUACGGCGUCGCGGCGGCGGCGGCGGUGGUGGUGGUGGUGGCAAUGGCGGCGGCGGCCGGCGGCGAGGCGGCGAGGCUGUCGCCGGAGCACUACCGGUCGACGUGCCCCGGCGUGGAGUCCGUCGUGCGGUCGGUGGUGGCGAGGAAGGUGAAGGAGACCUUCGUCACCGUCCCGGCCACGCUCCGCCUCUUCUUCCACGACUGCUUCGUCGAGGGGUGUGACGCGUCGGUCAUGAUCGCGUCGCGGGGCAACGACGCCGAGAAGGACUCGCCGGACAACCUGUCGCUCGCCGGCGACGGCUUCGACACGGUGGUGCGCGCCAAGGCGGCGGUCGAGAAGAAGUGCCCCGGCGUGGUCUCCUGCGCCGACAUCCUCGCCAUCGCCGCCAGGGACGUCGUCGCCAUGUCGUCCGGCCCACGCUGGACCGUCGAGCUUGGCCGGCUAGACGGCCUCGUCUCCAAGUCCGGCGGCGUCGCCGGCAAGCUGCCAGGCCCGGACAUGCGCGUCAAGGACCUCGCCGCCAUAUUCGCCAAGAACAACCUCACCGUGCUCGACAUGGUGGCGCUCUCCGGCGCGCACACCGUCGGCUUCGCGCACUGCACGCGCUUCGCCGGCCGGCUGUACGGCCGCGUCGGCGGCGGCGUGGACCCGUCCUACGACCCGGCGUACGCGCGGCAGCUGAUGGCGGCGUGCCCGCGCGACGUCGCGCCGACCAUCGCCGUCAACAUGGACCCCAUCACCCCGGCCGCCUUCGACAACGCCUACUACGCCAACCUCGCCGGCGGCCUCGGCCUGUUCACCUCCGACCAGGAGCUCUACACCGACGCCGCGUCGCGGCCGGCGGUGACCGGCUUCGCCAAGAACCAGACGCUCUUCUUCGAGGCGUUCAAGGAGGCCAUGGUCAAGCUUGGCAGGGUCGGAGUCAAGUCCGGGAAGCAUGGAGAGAUCAGAAGAGACUGCACAGCUUUCAACUGAACAUAGUUGCAUAGCUGCACUGCGACAUUUGUAAGUUGUAGCAAUUGGGGAUUUGAUCGUAUAUUAAAAAUGAAAUCAUUUCAAGGUAAGAAUUUCAUACUU